CAGCUUACAGUUUGACAUUUCACACGCCCUGGGAAGGCUACAAUCAAAAGAUCCAGAAGUCUGAGGUCUUCACAGGAAGCUGCAGGCAAAUCCAGACUAUAAGGCUUAGAUACAGUAGAGAGAGCUUGGCUUUGGGAUUGGGAAGGAUGUCUCUGGAAGUGAAGGAAAAGACAGAAGUGCGCUUGGUGUUCAUGGGAGCCGCUGGCGUGGGAAAAACAGCUCUGAUUAAACGCUUCUUGCAAGACAGCUUUGAUCCCAAACAUCGACGCACGGUGGAGGAGCUCCACUUCAAGGAGUAUGAGGUGGCUGGAGUCAAAGUGACCAUUAACAUCAUGGACACGAGCGGCAGCUACUCCUUCCCAGCCAUGCGGAAGCUCUCCAUCCAGAAUGGAGAUGCAUUCGCCCUGGUCUACUCCGUGGACGACCCCGAAUCGCUAGAAGCUGUCAAGAGACUGCGUGAGGAAAUCCUGGAGGUCAAGGAGGACAAGCUCACACCCAUUGUGGUGGUGGGCAACAAAAAAGACAGACAGCUGGAACGGAGGGUGUCAGCGGAUGAUGUGCUGGUGAAGGUGGAGCUGGACUGGAACAGCUGUUUCCUGGAGGCCUCGGCUAAAGAAGACGAAAACGUGAUGGAGGUGUUCAAGGAGCUGCUCCAGCAAGCAAACCUCCCCAGCAGCCUCAGCCCAGCUUUGCGCCGUCGCAGAGAAACCUUUCCCAUGGACAUCAGUCUACGGCCGCCCAUGAACAAGACCAACAGCUGUUCUGUCUCCUAAAGUUGGCAAGAAAAAGAUUAUUGAGAACAGAAAGGGUUAAAGAAAAGCAAUGAUGUGGAAGGCUCUUUGAUGGCAUGCAAAGAUGCUUUUAUUACAUAGGGAAACAUCCUAUAAUCCUGCUCAAAAAUCAGCAUCCUCCACGGUGAUGAAGGGAAAGGGACAAUGAUCAAAAGUCAAUGAACUGUUGCAUCUGUGCAAAGAAUCUCUUGAAUGUUUUGACAGUGGUUUUGAGUUUAGUUGAGUGAUGUGUAAAGAGCUUCUGCAAUAUUCAAUUAUGUUCAUGUCAAAAUGUUUUGACUUUUAUGACAUUGCAAU